AUGCCGAGAAGUACUGCCAAAAGUAGACAAAAUGUCAAGGAAAGCUACUCUAAUGCUAUACAAAAAGCUGAGCAUAAACCACCAAUUAAUAUGGCUCCGAAGGAAAACACUCCUUCGACAAGAAAAAGAACAUCAGUCAAAAAAGAACCUCCGUCAGCAACAGAAUCAAUUGCAGAAUCGGUGUACCAGGGAGGAAGUAGAAAGUCCGAACGGCGAAGGGUAGCUCGAGAUAUAUUUUUGGUUUUUGAAGAACAGCCUAGUACUCGGCGAUCUAGAAGAUCGAAUAAGAAACAACCGAAACCAAAGUUUGGACACUUAAAAGUUGAUGAACCUAUUAAGCCGAAAACCUUACUGAGAGACAUCAAAAAUGAGCCAAAGUGUUACUUGGGUGACAAUAUUGUCAACACUGUUCAUCAGCAAGAGGAAAAGGAGGGUAUAAGAAAGAAAAUUGUAAAUGUUGCUAAUUCGCAAUUAAAGAUCUGGUCAUCAGCUUCGAGUAAAAAACACUGUUCUGUAUAUUCAAGUAUAAACAGUAUAGAAAAUUCCAAAUUAUGCCAGGAAGCAAAACAACCAUUAGAAGAUGUUUUUCAAGUAGCGAAGGUCAAUCCAAUAUUUCUAUGGGCGAAGCAGGACAAUACACGUAUUAUCGAAGUACGAUGUGAAGAUUAUGACAAAAGAAAUAGGAUACGGAUAACAAAAACUUCAAACGGUUGGCGAGCAAUGCCUCGAUCUGAUCCAUCAUCGUCGAAGGUGCUUAAACUUUACACCACACCACUGUUAAAAGUUAAACAUGAAAAUCAAAUUCAAGAAAUUAAUAACAUAUCGCAAGCAAGUACGGUUAUCACUGAAUCAGCUAGUGAAGACAGUAAGCCAGUUGUCGUCGAAUCCGAACUAGUAAAGCAAAGUUUUAUUGAAGACCCUAUUGACGUCGGAAUUCAGGUCAACGGAAUAGAUUGCCCAACAAAGCUGCCACCAAAGAAAUCUAAGAAAAAGAAAACUAAAAAGGGAAAACGGUCCUUUUCAUGCAAAAAGACAAAAAUAAAAAUUAAUGUUACUAGCGUCGAAGAGGCAAAAUCGGGCAUAUGCUCCAUUACUGAGAAUAAUAGAAACGAGCCAGUUGAGAACCAAAAUGAAGGAAAAGUAAUAAAUGACGAUUUGGUAAAAUCGGUUGGAACGUUAUUAAACAACAUGCCAGAGGAUGUAUGUUUAGAUGCAACAAAAAUAACUGAACCUUUUGGUGAAAAUGCGAAAAAGUCUUCUUUGUCUUCAGUCGAAGAAUCGUGCACCGUAGAACAUAUAUCAUAUCAGAAUUCACCAGAUGACGACUACGCCUUACACCUGUGUCCAAAGACGGGCCUCUUUUUGAGAAAUAUUCCCCAAGAUGAUGAUAUUAUAGAGGUUAUGGAGAGUAAUAAUAAUGGAAAUAUGCUAGAACGGAAACUUAUUGCCUUAGACAUAAAACCAAAUUCUGCAGAUGAUAACACUGAGAGUUUAGAAGCUAAAACAAGGAAUCUUAAGGAUCUUUUAGAUGAUGCUGACCUUUUCCAACACUGUGAUGAUAAUGCUAACUGCGAUGCCGAUCUAAUCGACACGCUAGUUAAAUCAAGCUGCGAAAACAAUUUAAUACAAGGAAAUGAAACUAAUUCAAAAGAAAUGAUUGAUAGCUUGCACAACAAAAAUAUAAAUGCAGUGGGAAAUAACAUGGUGGUAGUGAAUGAACCUCCAAAAUGCCUUUCUUUUAAUGAAGCUGGCGAAAUUGAAGCUUUAAAUUGUGAACUAUUCCAUCCGAACGAGGAGUUCAUUGAUUCAUUUGUUGAAAAACAAUCAAACACCAUAAUUAACACUGGUUUGUCCAACAAUAACGAUUCACCAGUUACAAUAGUGCAAGCUAUACCAAUACAACAAAGCCCUCUUAGAGAAGCAAUGUCUGGAAUUAAUAAUGAUAAGAUUAUACAAGGCGACAAUGGAGGUGUACAUAUGAUUGAAGAUUCUCCCAAAGAUCUUAGCUACAAGAAAAGAGAGGAAGUUUGUCCUCAGUCGGAAUCUCGAAGUCAAUGUGCUGUAACAUCAAGUUCUGAUAUUGUUAAAUCACAAAACCUCGAUGAAUCCUCUGGUUUGGCGUCUUCAUCCGAAACACUAAAAAAUAUAAUUUUGGAGCAAUUUAUGAAAAUAAAUACUAUUUCAGGGCAUCAAAAACAUUCGGUUGAUUCUGUAAAACUCUUAGAUUCUCCUCAUCGAAGCUCAUCUUACUCCAAAGAAAAGGUGUCAGCGGAUGUAAUUGAAACUGUCGUUAUUGAAGACAGCGACAGUGCUAACGAGGAUAACCAGGCUGAUGAAGACGAAGAGCCAAUAAAAAAACGUUUGCGUACUAGUAAACAUCCUAUUGGAAAAGUUGCUAAUGAUGAAUUUCUCACAUCGAAAUUGGUGAUGAUUGACAAGGAUCCUGAUCCGUUGACACAGCUGCGAUUACUUAUUCGAAACUCCCAGUGGAAAGUUCCUGAUCCAAUUCUAGUCCCAAAAGAUCGUUUAAGUGCUGUACUUGCUUCACCUGCCCGGGAAAUUCCACUGUUGAUUACCACUCGCCCUGAGCUGCGAUUACCGGAAGCGUUCGCAUACCCUGAAAUUAUACAAAAUCCUAACAUUCUUGUGAUAUCUAUGGCCCAAUUAGAGGCAAUACUCAAAAACAAUGUGGAAACAGAAAAAACGAAGGCAACAGAUUUGGAAGGAAAAUCGACAUCACGAAUGUUUUCACAAGAUUUAGAAAAAAAAUCGAAGUUUGUAGGCGAAUUUAUUGCUCAGAAGAAGCAAACACAAUUGCCAUCUGACAUUCUUCCUCCGUUAUAUUGUAAUGAAGAAAUAACAUCAGGUAAAUCCUCUUCAAAAGAUCUGAAUACCACCAAUGAAGGUAGCGCCAAAUGUUCACAUAUCGACUCGAGUUUGUCGACUGAUAUUAAUGCGGCAACAAUGGCUGUUCUUAAUCAAAUGCUAUGGCUACCAUAUUUUGGCCAAAUUUCACAAGAGUUUUUGAAAUCCAUUAAGGUGCCAACUCAUUUUGCACAAACAGGCCCUUCAGUACCCCCAAAAUUGAAUAAUUCCGAUAUGGAAUCGCGUUGUCAUAGCAAUAGAAAUCAAAUACCAAAAAACGCAGUUUCACAUGAUAAUCAGUGCUUUAAUGAGAUUUUUGCAAAUACUGCACUAUCAUCUAUGUUAAAACAGGGCCAGACGGAAGAGAUGAACUUAUUCCAGAAGAUUGUUCAGCAACAAAUGCAGAAUGUAAUAAACUUGGCGCAGGUAAAAAAUGCAAUAUCUACAGAUGUAAAUUCAAGCAAAACAACUGUUCCUACCCAUGCCUUUACAAGUGAACAAAAUUCUCGUGCAGAACGCGAUCUGCACAAUUUGUCAAAAGAUGAAGUGAUUCACAAAAAACCUACAGAAAUUCAACCAAUAAAAGGCAAAGACCUCGAUAACAACAUAAAUCACACAGGAGACACAACCAAAACAUAUAACUUAAGAAGUUCGGUUGCUUCACGUCUUUCUUCUGAUUACAACCAGUUUUCAAAUUACAAAAGACCAAAUGGAGACACUAAACCUAGGCUUACGUGCAAAUCGUUAUCCAAUCUCAUUGAUCCCGAACAUAAACAACCACCCAAAUUGAAUUCGUCUUCAAAUUUGACUAUCCCAUGUGUUCUCAGCGUUGAAACUAAUUACCAUCAUAUAAAUAAUGACCUAGAAGACAAAAUCGCUGAAAAUAGUGGGCCAAGAGUAACAUGUCCACCUGUUAUUGAAGAUACCCUUACAAAAGCAAUAAGGAAGCCGUCAAAAGAGAAUCCCAAAAAUAAAGAAUCUGUGAACGAAGCUAUUAAACAAAGAAGUAAGACUGUAGAACAGGUUAUUGUAGAUAAUGGAUCUAGAAGUGGAGAAUCGACCAGCAUAUCUAAUGAAACCAAUGUACCGUUGUGGCAUCCUCUAUUUGGAAGCAAUUCGAAACCAGUAUCAUACAAUAGUCCUUGGCAAUGGACGACCGUAACUGCAGCGGGGGAAUGACAUUCAAGGGCUCUGAAUAAAGAGCCCGAUAUAUCCGAAACUGAA